CUCUUUGCUGUUUGGAGUCUCACAGGGCUGGAGCUAGGAAACAGGAGCUGAGAUCCUCUGGGUCAACCUGGGUUAGCCCAAAAUGAUAUUCAGUGCUGACAGGUUGCUACAACUCUGUCAUGUUUAGCGUGUAACUCAUUUGCGAGAGCUGCUCGGAGGCUCAGCGGCUAUAAAACCCACCGGUGCAGAGUCAGGAAAGGGGGAAGCUCAGAGCAAUGGCUUUACACCGUGUUUACCAGAAGUGUGAAGAGUCCGACCGAAUGCAGCUCAAGGAACAAGAGGCAGAAAUGGCGUCUGGAAGAUCAGGGAGUGCCUGGCUGCAGUUUCCUAGGAGCCCGAAGGGGGCGCCAAAGUCCAUAUUAACCCUUUAUGUCCUGCAUGCCGUGUCGUUCAUGCUGUGGACUGUGCUCCUCGCCGUGGCAAUUGCAAAGUACGCAGAGAUGUCCAAGGAGCUGGAGCAGAUGCGGACUGAGCAAUCUGUGCUCAGAGCCAACGACUCCGAGAUGGCGAAGCAACUUGGGAUGCUUCAUUUCAAUCAGUCCGCCAUGCGCAGCACUGGGGAGGAGCUGGCCAAAGAGCUGGAGAGGCUGCAGUUGGACCAGGCCAUGCUGAGAGUGAAAGUGUUCGGGGAUCUGGCCAAAGCGAAACAUGACAGAGAUGACAUCAGGGCUGAGACCUACAAGAUCCUGGGUGCCACGCAGAAAGGGAACGGCACUUUCCGGUGCCAGCCUGGCUGGGAGCAGUACCGAGGGAGGUGCUACUUUUUCUCCACGUCUACCCAGCGCUGGCAGGCGGCCAGAAGCUCCUGUUUGAGCCAUGCUGCCGAUCUGGUGGUGAUCAACGAUAAAAUGGAGCAGAAUUACUUGGCCACUAAAGCUGAUUCUGUUCGUCACUGGAUCGGCUUCACAGACCAAGCAACUGAAGGCGUCUGGCACUGGGUGGACAACACUCCCGUGGCAUUUACGUUUUGGGCCUCAGGGGAGCCCAAUAACAUGUACAGUUUUCACGUCAGAAAUGAGGACUGUGCCCACCUGCACGAGGACGGCCAGUGGAACGAUGAGCCCUGCAACUUGCACUACAGGUGGAUCUGCGAAAAAGCUGGUUCUGCCUAAAUGGCCGGAGUCCCGCCCUUGCUCUGAGCACCGGCUGGAAUGUACCCAGCCCACGAGGCCUGUGAACCGUUCCAGCCCCACACCAGUUCAUUAGGGCUAAUCGCACAAAACUGAACACCCUUGCCCUGCCCCAGCCCUGAGGCCCUGCUCACAUAAUCCUCCCCCCCUCACCUCCAUUGCUCACGCUCUCCCACCUUCACUCACUUUCACCGUCUGGGGCCGGGGGUUGGGGUGCAGGAGGAGGUGCAGGCUCUGGCUGGGGGUGCAAGCUCCAGGCUGUGGCCGAGGGGUUUGUGGUAGUGGGUGCGGGCUUCAGUGGGAGGUGUGGGCUCUGGGGUGGGGCCGGGGAUGAGGGAUUUGGGGUGCAGGAGGCGGAUCAGGGCUAGGACAGAGGGUUGGGAUGCGGGAAGGGGGUGCAAGGUCUGGGAGGGAGUUUGGGUGCAGGCGGGAUUUUGGGGUGCAGACUUCAGCCGAGUGGCGCUUACCUUAGGCAGCUCCUAGAAGUGGCAGCGUGUCCGGCCCCUAGGCAGAGAGGCCAGGGGUCUCGGCCCGCUGCCCGCACAUGCAGGCACCACCCCCGCAGCUCCCAUUGGCCGUGGUUCCUGGCCAAUGGGACCUGUGGAGCUGAUGCUAGGGGCGGGGGCAGUGCCCUGUGCCUAGGAGCUGGUUAUGCCGGCCACUUACAGGAGCCUGCCUUUGUCCCACUGUGCCGCCGACUGGACUUUUAGCAGCUCAGUCAGUUGUGCUGACUGGACCCGCCAGGGUCCCUUUCCGACCGGGUGCUCCAGUCCAAAACCAGACACCUGGCAACCCUACAGCCCAUAGGGCCCAUGUGCCCCCUCUCCACGCAGGGGCGAAUUUCUCCCACGGAGGCCAUCCACCGGAGAUGCUCCACGCUCUGCCUGUGCCACCUUGCCCCCCCCCCACUGCUUCACAUUUACAAACUUGCUGUUCGCAGUGCAAGCGCCUUCGCCCCUGCAAUCUCCGCCGGCUGCAUCGGGCCCCUGUGGCUUCCACCCGCUCUGAACCCCCAUCGCUGUGUGAACCCAGCGGGGCCGGUUUUGUUGCCCUAUGGGGGAAGAGGCAGCGGGGGGGCAGUGGUUAAAACAGGGGGCUGAGAGUCAGGUCUUGGCUCCGGGUGACGUUGCUCCGUGCUGUGCUCUGCUGACCCUGCUGUGAAAUGGGGCUGAGAAUGCCACCGCCUCCCGCUGUGGGCCGGGCGGUCUGGCGAAUGGAGGCUUUAGAUCCACCUUGAGAUGCUUGUGUGGAAUACAGUUGCCUUGGACUCAGAA